AUGUCCGCACAGCCCCCGCCGCCCCCGCAAUGGGUCGUCGACCUCAACACGCCGCCGACCACGAAGCCGAAGACGAACGUCGCCGACCCGCCAGGCUACACGGCGUCCCUCACCCGCAGAGACCGAGCGGCUGCAUCUAAGCAGUCGGUGCGGAAACAGCCGACGCCAGACGAGAUGGACACGCUCAAAAUGAAGAAGGCCUGGGAGGUUGCCAUUGCCCCCGCGAAGCAGCUGCCCAUGAACGCCAUUGGCAUGUACAUGACGGGCAACACGCUGCAGAUCUUCUCCAUCUUCAUGGUCUUCACUCUCUUCAAGACACCCCUCAUCGCUGCAUUGAAUCUUCAAAAGACGUUCGCUCCCUUCGAAACACCAGGAACCUCCGGUCGCCUCAUCAUGGUCAAAAUCGUAUACUUGCUCACAAACGCGCUGAUGUUGGGACUGGGCAUAUGGAAAGUGAACGCGAUGGGCUUGCUACCGACAACAAGAUCAGAUUGGCUGGCAUGGGAAGCGGAGCGGACGUGGUCAGAGCGGGCGGUGCCGAGGGAAUGGCUUUGA